UUAAAAACGCCGCUCCGCUCCCAAAGCUCGGAUUCACGCGAGAACCGCAUUCAGGCUUCAUGCUGAUGGCAUUAACUCAGUGCGGUGUGGAGUUUAUACACAGAACCGUCAAUGUUCCCCCGGUCUCCUGCUCUCUCUUACACUCGGUGAUGAUUAACGACCUUCCAAUCCUCGGCUAGAUGACCUUUAUGACGCUACGGUAUGGAAGACAGCGCCAGGAGCUGGUCUUCCCUGUAGGAUGGUAGCGCACGGCGCCGUGGAAGACACGUCAGGCACUUCAGCGGAUCGCCGAGCCCCGCUCGUACACACGGAAAACCGCACGCACUUUCGCUCAUUCAAGAGUGAGAGCGACUUCAAGACCAUUGUCAAGACCACAGCCAUGCUGGAGGAAAGCGGGUUCUACUGGGGGCCCAUGACAGUCGAGGAGGCCCACCACAAGCUCAAGAAGGAACCUGUGGGAACGUUCCUGAUCAGAGACAGUCAACAGAAGGAUAUUUUCUUUACGCUGAGCUACAGGGCUCCUUCGGGUCCCGUCAGCGUUCGGAUACACUUCCAGAGCUCGCGUUUCAGUCUCAUGGGAAGCAAGGAGUCGUUCGAAACGCUCUUCCAGCUGCUGGAACACUACUCCAGCUCGGCAAAGAAGAGCCUGCGUUGGCCAUACAGGAAGCAGCGCGUACGCUCGCUGCAGGAACUCUGCCGCAAACGGAUUAUAGAAACAUCCGGGGCGCAGGCAAUUGAUCAACUUCCGGUCAAUUCUGUCGUCAAAGGCUUCCUCCACUCUUUUCCAUAUCGGCUCUAAAGGCUCGGACGCAUUAACGCUUCGUUAUGGAAAUACGGCACUUUGUAGCACAUUUUGAAAAGACUUGAACGGUUGGAAGUUUACAUUAUCGUUGAAUGUUUACACUAUAAUGCAGGGAGAUGACUUCUUCCUGUGAUUUUAUUUUUGCUAUGCAAAAAGCUAUAUUUCUUUACCAGUAUUUUUAUAAUAAUAAUAAUAUUAAUAAUAAUAAAUGUAUUUUCAAACCAUUGUAAAACACA